AUGGGCAAGAAAAUUAUACGCAAGAGAGUUCGCAUCCCCCAAUACUCACCUUCGGACCAUACUCCUGAAUUCUUCAGCGAUCCGUUCGCGGGCAGACUUAUCCCUACGGCAUACUUUUUAAAAGAAUUAGAUGUCUUUGGACCACAGCAUUGGAUGAACAUGGUAUCCGCCGAAUUUGUAUUGCGAGUAGUCAGGAACAGCGCAAUCCAUGGAGAAGCGGAUAGUACCGAUCAGAUGGAGUGUUUUGUAGACUAUUAUGAAAAUGACUUCAGCAAUGGUAGUGAAGACGAGAGUGAUAUGGAACAGGACGAUCGAGUGAACAUUGACAGAUACGAACAUUAUUCACAUCAAAGGAGACCGCAAGCAUACUCACAAACACAUUCACUAUUCUGCAUACCCACAUGUUCAACAUCUACAACAAUGCUUCCUUCUCCGCCGGCAUCUCCCAUGUCAACACAAACGCCAUAUUCACCCUCUCCGUAUUCAUACUUCAUUCAUUCUUCUCUUCCUUCUCCGCCGCUACCGUCUGAAGACAUCUUCUUUUGCCACACAUUGAUCUUGGCAACGCAGUCGGGAUAUUUCAACCGUCUGCUUGGACCGAUUAACUCACCAACGUACACACCGUACUCCAAAUACGCUUCAUCUCUAGCUUCCCCCGCUCCAUAUUCUCCUGAUUCCCAGAUCUUUGCAUUACCAACCAUAAACAUCUCCGUUCCUCAUCCGAGCUGUUUUUCCCCCAUCCUUCACUGGCUCUACAAUCACGAUGAUGACGAAUGGUUGGAUACAAUGACACUGGAUAACUUUGGGAGGGUAUACGAAAACGUAGUAUUUCUGAAACUUGGUAGAGAGGCUUACGAUGUAUUGGAUCAGUUCCUCGAAGAAACUGAGGAUGCAGGCAUUGAUUACGAAAUCGAGGGCGUGUUGGAGGAGUGUUGA